AUGUCCAAGAAGAACCCCGCAGCCCUGCAGCCCCGCAGCCCUGCAGCUCUGCAGCCCUGCAGCCGUCACACAGCAGCCCUGCAGCUCUGCAGCCCUGCAGCCCUGCAGCCGUCACACAGCAGCCCUGCAGCCCCGCAGCCGUCACACAGCAGUGCUGCAGCCCUGCAGCCCUGCAGCCGUCACACAGCAGCCCUGCAGCUCUGCAGCCGUCACACAGCAGCCCUGCAGCCCCGCAGCCCUGCAGCCGUCACACAGCAGUGCUGCAGCCCUGCAGCCGUCACACAGCAGUGCUGCAGCCCUGCAGCCCUGCAGCCGUCACACAGCAGCCCUGCAGCCCCGCAGCCCUGCAGCCGUCACACAGCAGCCCUGCAGCCCUGCAGCCGUCACACAGCAGCCCUGCAGCCCUGCAGCCGUCACACAGCAGUGCUGAAAACUCUUCUGCACUCUGAGUUCACAUUUUUAGCAUGA